UGGCACAAACCUCACAUCACAAGACAAGAAGCCAUAAACAUGCUUCGUAACAAGCCCCCUGGCUCGUUUGUUGUCAGAAACAGCCACAGUUUCGCUGGGGGCUACGGACUGGCCCUGAAGGUCAGCCAACUGCCACCAAAUGUGCAAGCCAAAGGAGGUAACGUGUCUUCUAAUUUGGUGCGCCAUUUUCUCAUUGAGUCAACACCAAGAGGCGUCAAACUAAAGGGGUGCAGCAAUGAACCUGUGUUUGCCAGCCUGAGUGCCCUCAUCUACCAGCACUCCAUCACACCCCUCUCCCUCCCUUGCAAACUCCUUCUUCCAGAACCUGGUGACCCCUUUUCAAUUUUUUACCAAAGAUUCCUAAUAGAUGUUCUGUACUUGGACAGUUUCAACACGGAGAGUCUGACAGGUGCAGAAGCCCUGCAGAAAAGUGUCAGCAACAUUCUGUCGGAUAAUUGGAAGAACCAGACUGGUACCAAAAUAGAUCUGAGGAUUUCAGGUCAGGGGGUGGUACUCACUGACCACAAACACAGGAUUUUUUUUCGGAGGCAUUAUCCGCUGGAGUUCAUUUCAUAUUGUGGCUUGGAGCCAAGUGCAAAGAUUUGGACUUUUUCAGAUCACGAUGGCAACACACUCUUUGGAAUAGUGGCGCGAAAGUUAGGAACGUUGUCAUGUAACGGAUGUCACGUGUUCAUGGAGGUGGAUGUGUCGCAGUUUCCCGCUUCCUACGUCGUUCAGUCACUCAAUCAACUGCUCGGAGGA